AUGUCCAUUUUUAACGCGCACCAGUUUUUAGGUGCAUUGUACAAACGUUAUAUAAUUUCAUUGCCAUCGAUAAAUUUGUCUAGAACUCAAAAAGCAAGUAUCUCCUUUUGAGGUUAGAAUAAAUAUAUUUACAUUCUAUAAUUCAUUAUAUAAUAUUUACGAUAUGAUAUUCCAUAUUUUUGGAAUUAUUUUAUUCUUCUCAAUGAUCUGAUAAAUAUUUGUAUACAAAAUUUGUAUAGUAUUAGUUAAUAAUGAAAUAGUUGCUUUUGAUUCUAAUACUUUUUUCUCUUUCAUGUAGAUUUUUAUUAUUUGCCUUACCGGAGGAUCACUACUGUUAGGAGGAUUAGCACAAUUUUUGAAAAGACGGAGAAGACAUCCUCUUCCUUCUUCAAGAAGACCACUGAGAGAAUUAAAACAAAGAUAUGCUGCUGCAAAAAAUUCUAAUUUUGGUAAUUUAUUGACAUAGUAUUUUAUAAGUAAAAUUUAAAAAAAUGAUAACGAAUGUGUACUAUAAAAUUUAUUUUUUGUUUGUAGAUGCAUUAUCGCAAGCAUCUUGGGCAAGAAAAAGUGAAACCAGCAGUAGAAGUCAUAUAAGCGAUCGAGCAUCACUUAUAUCUUCUGUUCCAGGAGGUCCAGAUGGUGAUGUAAGACUUACUCCACAACAAUAUGGGGUUCUUGGUAAGUGAUUUUUUUGUAUAUAGCUCUUACAAUUUCGAAGUUGUAGUUUUAGAAUAUUUUAAAUAUACCCUUAUAUUUGUUAUAUCUUUUAUAAUUUCUAAAAGAUUCUAGAAUAUUUUAA